UUAAUUUCUUAUUUACUUUCUUCCCAAAAAAAAAAUGGCAAUGAUCAGUACCAAGGAACUCAUCAAAUUGGCUAGGAGAUGGCAAAAGUUUGCAGCCAUGCAGAGGAAGAGGAUUUCAUUUUCAAGAAAUGGUAGUGAUGUAGACGGUUGUAGUACAUCCUCAUUGUCUAUAGUUGAAAAAGGACAUUUUGUAGUAUAUACAGCUGAUCAAGCACGCUUUGUCAUUCCUUUGGCUUACCUUGAAAAUGAAGUCAUUAGGCAACUCUUGAACAUGUCUGAAGAAGAAUUUGGGCUUCAGAGUGGUGGUCCUAUUACAUUACCCUGUGAUUCAACAUUCAUGGACUACAUCGUUUCACUAAUCAAAAAAGGCGUAGAUGCAGGAGAUCUUCACAAAGCAUUGCUCCUCUCAAUUCCUUCAUGUUGCUGUUCAACUUCUUCUUUAAACCAACAAAGUGUAACUCAACAGAUUCUUGUUUAUUAAGUCAUAAAUCAACAUUCUUUUUGUACAUGUUAGCUCAAAUUUAGUUUUUUAGAGAGGACUCAGAUUAAAGAGUACACAAUUG